GCAGGGGGAGGGGGGCAGGGCUGCCUGGCAACCUCACAGGUCUUCAGAGCAGCUGUGCGGCUGGGGUCAUCAGAGAGGCUCCCGCGUUUCUGAUGUUAUGAAAGAGGGGCUACUUGUGAGCGCCCAGCACCCAGACUGUGCGGGACCUGCUUUCCCUCCCUCCCCGACAUCUCCAGGGACUUUCCCUCCAGGUACAACCCAUUUGACCAGAGCCUGAGUGAACAACAAGGAAGGCCAGCAGGGCCUGGACACCUGGAGAACUGCCUGCCCCCCCUUGGCCACCUCGAAGUUCAAGCACCAGGCCCCAGUCUCCCCACAGCCAUCUCUGCGGGGGGCAGUGAGGCCCCGAGGGCAGGCCCACCCAGACGAGGCCCCGCCGCCACCCUCCACAGCAAUCAACGGGGACUCCCCCUGGUUGGACCAGCACCCUGAGUCCCUGAAGAAGGGGGACUACAGACCCUCUUUGAGGGAGAGCCAGACCACCAUCCGAGGGGGGCUCAGCUGUGCCAGGGGAUGGAGGAGGGCCCCAACCCGGGGGCCCAGGGCCAGCGGAGCAGCAUCAUUCCUGACAACAUUCGCCACAAGUUCGGCAGCGCUGUGGUCGACGAGCUCAUCUCUGAGGACCAGGCUCGAAGGGCCAUUGGUGAAGCCUUGGAGGACCAGAAGAGGGUCAACUCGUGGCCCAGCAGCACCCAGAGUCCCCUGAAAGUAUCCCCCCUCUUCUCUGACUACUAUGAUCUGGGCUACAACAUGCGAUCGAACUUGUUUCCAGGGGCUACUGAAGAGACGAAGAGCCUGAUGAAGGCCUCGUACACCCCAGAGGUAAUUGAGAGAUCCGUGCGGGACACUGAGCACUGGCACGGCAGGAAGACGGAUGACCUGGGACGGUGGCACCAGAAAAAUGCUAUGAACAUGAACUUGCAGAAAGCACUGGAUGAAAAACAUGGAGAGAAGAGCAAACCCAGGCCCUCCAAGCACUAGCUACAACUCAGAAAAGGUGUCCUCUGCUCAGAGAAAUUGCUUCAAUAAAGAAAGUCACAAAUCU